AAUUAGGGGAGGGACUCCGGGGAGGGCCUGCGGCAGCUGAGCAGGGUGGGCCGCAGGCCCCCGCGACCCCUUCCUUCGCCCAGAGGCUCGGCGCCGAGCGGUGACUGCGGGCCCCGGGGCAAGGGAGCGCCUGCGAGAGGCGGCCGGGACCGCAGACGCUGCGCCCGAGCUUAUUUCCGACUCUGCCGCUUGACCUGCUGCCCACCAGCACCAUGACUCCCGUGAGGACCCAGCCCUCCUUGGUGGGUCAGACCUACGCCGUGCCCCUCAUCCAGCCGGACCUGCGGCGAGAGGAGGCCAUCCAGCAGGUGGCGGAUGCCCUGCAGUACCUACAGAAGGUCUCUGGAGACAUCUUUAGCAGGAUCUCUCAGCGAGUGGAGCUGAGCCGGAGCCAGCUGCAGGCCAUUGGAGAGAGGGUCUCCUUGGCUCAGGCCAAGAUUGAGAAGAUCAAGGGCAGCAAGAAGGCCAUUAAGGUGUUCUCCAGUGCCAAGUACCCAGCCCCGGAGCACCUGAAGGAAUAUGGGUCCAUCUUCGCGGGUGCCCAGGACCCUGGCUUUCAGAGGCGACCCCGGCACAGGAUCCAGAGCAAGCACCGAGUCCUGGAUGAGCGGGCACUGCAGGAGAAGCUGAAAUACUUCCCUGUGUGUGUGAACACUAAGCCGGAGCCCGAGGAUGAGGCUGAGGAGGGGCUGGGCAGUCUUCCCAGCAACAUCAACUCUGUCAGCUCCUUGCUGCUCUUCAACACCACAGAGAACCUGUACAAGAAGUACGUCUUCCUGGACCCCCUGGCCGGUGCUGUAACAAAGACCCAUGUGAUGCUGGGGGCAGAGACAGAGGAGAAGCUCUUUGACGCGCCUUUGUCCAUCAGCAAGAGAGAGCAGCUGGAACGGCAGGUUCCAGAGAACUACUUCUAUGUGCCAGACCUGGGGCAGGUGCCUGAGAUCGACGUGCCAUCCUACCUGCCCGACCUGCCUGGUGUCGCCGAUGAUCUCAUGUACAGUGCUGAUCUGGGCCCCGGCAUCGCCCCUUCUGCCCCUGGCACCAUUCCGGAACUGCCUACCUUCCCCACAGAGGUAGCUGAGCCUUUCAAGCCAGACCUAGAAGAUGGGGCGCCAACAGCACCCCCACCACCCCCGCCUCCCCCUCCCCCCACAGUGCUGGUCAGUGCCCCUCCACCUCCACCCCCACCCCAGACCACAGUCCCUCCAGACCACAGUGCUGGGGCGGAUGACGGCAGCAGCGGCCUGUCCCCUGCAGUACAGGGAGCCCCCAAGGAAGUGGUUGACCCUUCCAGUGGCCGGGCCACAUUGCUCGAGUCCAUCCGCCAGGCUGGCGGCAUCGGCAAGGCCAAGCUCCGCAGUGUCAAGGAGCGCAAACUGGAGAAGAAGAAGCAGAAGGAGCAAGGACAAGUGAGAGCUACCAGCCAGGGCGGGGACCUGAUGUCUGAUCUCUUUAACAAGCUGGCAAUGAGGCGCAAAGAACCCACUGUGAGGAGAGCAGGUGCCCAGGAGCCUCAGGAGUCUGACCUGCAUGUUUGCACAUGGAGCCCGAAGCCUCGCAAUUCCCUUUUCAUGUCUCCUCUGAGGAAGCAGAGACAGAGUGACAGCCCCACUUUUUGCAGGGUCGUGAGAGCACAGAGAGAUGCCCUGGGCUGCAGGGUGGGUCGGCAGCAAAAGUGGAGAUGGAAACAAGGAGCAAAAGCCCCUCCAGAAAUAUUCCCCCAACCGGCUUUCUGGAACUUCAGCCUCCAUAAAAACUUUCAAAAGGACUGCCACAUAAUAAAGGAUUCAGCUGUUCUUCAGGAAAGGGCAUGUGGCAUAGAAUAAUGCAAAAAGCAUGGGCUCUGGAGCCAGAAGCUUCCAGGCCCACUUAGUAGCUCAGAACCAUGGGCAGGGCACAGAGGCUUUAGCUCACCUGUCUAUAGAGUGAGGUUUAAAAUGCUUGUGCUGGCUUCCUCAUGGGAACAAAGGAAGCCGAGUGUGAAAGUGGUCUGAAAACCCCAAAGAACUCUAUUAUAUAAAAUACAUUUACAUUAUAGUAUCAAAUAUCACCCUUGCCACCUUUGGCAUAAUAGAGCAAAAAAGGACUAGAAUAGGGGCAGAUAAACUAGGAUUCUAAAUAAAGGUCUGGGGUCAGACAACUCAGCUAAGCCAUAAAGAACAAGGAUUUUCUAAUGGCCCAGACCAUUCUCAAGGACAGCAGCUCUGGGUGUGCUGACCAGCACCCAAGGGGUCUGGGCCGGAGGUCCUCUCUUACCACCCAGCACAGACACAAACUGCUCCAACAGGUACAGGAUCUGCUUGAUGUACAUCAGGUUCUUGGCCUUCAAACGCGUCCUACAGAAAAACCGACAGGCAUCAAGUAGUCAGACUCCAGCAGCCACUUCCCCUCCAGCCACCCCAAGCUGAGGCUUUUCUGUCUGGCUCCUUUCAAACUGAGCCAGGGGCAACACACACUCCCCUAUGAAAGGCCAGCCCUGAGCCAAGGCCUGCACACCCAGCUGUUCCGUUCAAAGUGCCCGAGGCCCACAUGGGAGGCACACUGUCAUUAGCUAGAAGAUAAACAGCACCUUGACCCACCCUGCUCAGAGCCAGGGCCAGAGACCCCACCCAUGUGCUUCCUGAGGGGCUCAGACAAGGGGCCCUGGGGCAGGGAGCGGCAUUUUCCCUCCGCCUCUGGAGGUGGUGUCUCACCUGUAUUGUUCCAUGUACUGAAGCAGCUGGGAAUGGGCCUGGCAGAGCUGGGGAGAGGACACAGAACAGACAGGAAGGUGGACCAGGCUCUGGGCAAGUGGCCUAGGGUGGUGCCAGGGAAACCUUAAGCUACACCUGGGAACUGCCAGCCCAGGACCCACAGGUGGCAAGCAGGGAGGGGGAGGGGGGCUGGGUGCAGACCAAAGGUGGGGCUUUAAAGGCCCCUAGGCAGCGGGGAGCAGAGGGCAAGGAGAAGGAAAGUAGGUUCUGCUGAAACAUCCACUGUGGGUCAGGAAAAAAGGCACGACACUGACUCUCAGGUAAUUUUUUACCUGCUAGUUUUUACUGGGUUGGGAAGAGAUGUGUAGUCUGAGCGGAUGGUUCAAGGUGACCAUUACCUCCUGACCUAAGGUCAACCCCUCCACUGGUCAGUGGAGGUGGUGGGGUGGAGUGGAGGUGGCUUUGGGGUGAGAAACCUGUAGUCAAAUCCUGGCUCCACACUUAACAGUGUGUGAUCUUAGGCAAAAUGUUUAAACCUUUCUGCAUCUCAAGUUCUCAAUGUAAAAUAAACUGCCCCUGGGGGAGAGUUAGUGUGAAGACCAGAGAGACCCAGUCUGCUGCCUGGUGUAUAACAACAAAUGCAUAAACAGCUUUCAGAAAUCUUAGGCAUUCCUCGAUUAAAUCCCCUCAAAACGAUGCAAAUCAUAAGAACCCCACCCAGGACCCUUGCCCCUUUAUCCCAUUAACCUGGGUUCUGGAGAACUGGGGAGGAGCAUCCCUAGCUGGAGGGACUCAGCUGGUAUGGGCAGGUGAAGAGCAAGGAAGUGAGCCCCUUGCCUGAGCGGGGUCCCAACAGGUCUAAGAGCUGCUGGAAAGUCACAAUUGAUCCCUGACAAGUCCUCAGCUUUGACUCAGCACCUUCUACCAAACCCCAUCUCUGGAGGAAUUCCAGGUCUCAGCAGCUAGGAGAACCCCCUCUAUCCCUUUCACCAUGGCAGGCAUGGCCUGGGUGGGGAGAGGCUGACCCACCUGGGAGCCGCUGACCUCAGCACUGUGGAUGCCUGUGAUGGUGUCGAUCAGGUUGUGUGCCUCAUCAAUGAUCACCACCUGGCCCUGCAGCCGGAUCCCCGCGGCCCUGCGGGUGGCCGCGUGCAGCAGCAUCUGGUAGGGCAGCACCACCAGCUGGGAGGAGAAGGCGGUGGCCUGAGCACUCUCUGUCCUAGGCUAAGGACAGACCUCAACUGUGUCACCUCCCAGCUGGACUAUGUGCAGGGCUAACCAAGGGAGAAAGCGACAGCACAGUGCUGUGCUUAGCAGCAGAUCCUCUUCUCAGAACAAGUUUUAUAUGGAAUGUCAAAUAUACGAAAUGUAUAAAAGUGGCACUGUUCUGAAGCAGGGCGAGGGGAAGAGAGGGAGGGAGAGUGGAAUGCCUUCUGCUUAGCUUCCCUCUGUCCACAAGGUUGCCCCCGAAGCAUCCAAGUUUCCUCAGAACACUGUGAAAACCAACGGUGCAGCAGAAAGCAGCCCUGUGCCCUGGUCCUGGCCAGCUGUGUGACUCAGGGAAAGUACGUAACCUCUCUGGGAAAAUCACUUAACCUCAAUUUCUCAUCUGCAAAAUAGGCUUGACAAAGUCUACCUCAAGUGAGGGCUAAAGGGUGGGAGGAGUAACAAAAAUAAAGGCAGUCUGUAAAUAUUUAGGUGCUGUGUUGUUAUGAAGAUUUUCCAGUGAAAAGAAUCCUAAUAAAGUGAAAAAUCCAGAAAACUGGAAACUGAAGACCCAGGGUGUUGCUCCCUUAAUCGUGAGAAAAAAGGAUAAAUCACCCCUUCUGGGCCCCAGGGUUCUUGUGUGUAGAAUGCAGGUAAACCUGCCUUAGCUCCUUUCUGUGGGAUAUAUAGAGGCAAAAGUCAUAUGAAGAUUGCUUCAACAAAUCAAAUCAUAAAAAUGUCCGGACAUAAGUGCCUGUAGCACUUCAUCUUGCUCCAUGGCCAACAGGUCACAGGGAGGGCAAGAAAGAACAGUGAGGUGUGUCCCAAGUCUCCCUCGAACAUCCCCAUGCAUUCAUUCAGGCAGGACACUGACAGGCAGUCUACUGCCGUGUGAAGUUACUGCUACAACCUAUUCCCAAGCACCUUUUAAAAUCUACUUAAAUCUCUUCUGGAUAACACUGAAUUCUCCAGGAGUGAUCUAUUUCCAAAAGUCACAUGAAUCAAGAAAGUAGCAAGAACAGUGAAAUCACAGCCACCAAAUAACAAUGAGAUACCAUUUUUGACCUAUCAAAUUAGCAGUUUCUCACUCUUUCUUUAAAGAUAAUUCAGGCAUACCUCAGAGAUUUUGCUGGUUCGCUUCCGAACCACUGCGAUAAAACGAGUAUCGCCAUAAAGUGAGUCACGCUUGUUGUUUUCAUGCCUGCUAACCCAACAUCCAUUCUGCAGCUCAUGGAUCAAGGAGUCAUUUGACUUUCAAGUCUUAUUAUUUAAGAAACACAUUUUGCAAGUCUAUGUCUGUUACAGAUAGUGAUUCCUAUGGUGGAUCUGGGCAGAGUAAAUUGAAAACCUUCUGGAAAGGAUUCACCAUUCUAGAUGCCAUGAAGAGCAUUCAUGACUCAUGGGAGGAGGUCAAAAUGUCAACAACAACAGGAGUUUGGGAAAAGUUGACUCCAACCCUCCCGGAUGACUUUGAGGGGUUCAGAACUUCAGAGAAGGAGGACGCAGGGGAAGAUGGUGGCAGAGGGAGGUGUGGAAUUUAGUUAGUCCACUAGAGCAACUAGUAAAUAGCCAGGAACAACUAGAAAAUAGUCUGCAACAACUGAUGGGGGUACAUCUGUGACCGGACAACAUCGUACACCAGUAAGAGUGGGUGGAACAGCUGAGAUCGCAGCAUAGAACUGUAAGUUCUCCAAACUGCAGAGCUGGUGCCCCUCCCCCACCAGCCCAGCAGGCUGAGUUGCUAAACUUCACUGUGGGAGAAAGAAGCAGUCCC